AUGUCGAUGUCACAUAUAGACGAAUCCAGUGUAACAACGCUUGUGGUGCAGCUUUUCGAAAUAAUUCAUCUUUUGCACCUAUUACAAUUAUGGAAUGUCCAUGCUGCAACUAUUGAGGACGAAGCUCAAACUAACAAUAGCGCUGAGGGUUGGAAUCAUCGUUUCAGUAAAUUCGUCGGACAAAAUCAUUCAACAGUUUGGACGAUGGUAAGCAAAAUACGGUUGGAAAUAACGGCAGAUGAAACGAAAUUAGCACAAGAGUCAUUAGGUGUUGUACAAAAGAAAAGAUAUAUUAAUGAAGACAUUAAAAAAAAAAUUAAAACAGUUAUGUUUAAAUUAUAA